AUGAUGGAUGCGAAAAAAGAAAAGGACCUUGAAGGUCUUGCGCCGUCUGAGAGCAAUCAUGUCUACCCUAGUGCUAUUCACAACCACGACGAUGUCUUUGGAGAGAUCACCGAAUCCGGUCCAAACUACCGAAAUGUAGGAUGGGCAGGAACAGUGAUCCUCAUGAUGAAGAGUCAGAUUGGCCUCGGUGUCCUUUCCAUCCCAGCUGCGUUUGAUACAUUAGGCCUGGUUCCAGGUGUCAUCUGCCUGCUCAUUGUUGCCAUCAUUACAACAUGGUCCGACUACAUGGUCGGCGUGUUCAAGCUCAACCAUCGUUCAGUCUAUGGUAUCGACGAUGCAGGUUUCUUGAUGUUCGGUGCCAUCGGUCGUGAGGUUUUCGGCUUUGUAUUCUGCCUAUAUUGGAUCUUUGUCGCUGGUUCAGGAAUGCUCGGUCUUUCAAUUGCCUUCAAUGCCGUCUCGACUCAUGCCACAUGCACAGCCGUCUAUGUUGCUGUUGCAGCCAUCGCAGGAAUCGGCUUCGGCAGUAUUCGCACUCUCGGAAAAAUCAGUUGGCUCGCCUGGGUUGGACUGAUUUGCAUUCUGCUCGCAAUUUUCAUUGUCACUAUCGCUGUCGGCGUGCAGGACCGUCCAGCCUUAGCCCCGCAAGAGGGAGCCUGGGUAUCUGACUACAAGAUCAUCGCCAAUCCCUCAUUUAGUGAGGCCAUCAGUGCCGUGGCCUCGAUUGUUUUCGCCUACGCCGGUACACCGGCUUUCUUCUCUAUCGUAUCCGAGAUGCGCGACCCCAAGUACUAUACUCGCUCGUUGAUAAUCUGCCAAAGCGGCGUGACGGCUGUCUACAUUAUCAUUGGUGUUGUUGUCUACUACUUCUGCGGUUCUUAUGUUGCCUCGCCUGCCCUUGGUUCCGCCGGUGCCACUAUGAAGAAGAUCAGCUAUGGCUUUGCCAUUCCCGGCCUUCUGGUCAGUGUCAUGCUGUUUGUUCAUCUUCCCGCGAAAUUCAUCUUCGUCCGCGCCCUCAGAGGCUCCCAGCACCUCACCUCCAACAGCAUGGUCCACUGGUCCUCCUGGAUCGGCUGCACCGCAGGAGUCGGUCUUAUUUCCUAUAUCAUUGCAAGCGCCAUUCCAGUCUUCGACAGUCUCGUCUCGCUUAUUGGUGCUUUACUCGGCACAUUCAUGUGUUUCCAACCCAUGGGCUGCAUGUGGCUGUACGAUAACUGGAGCAAGGGCAAGGUUGACCGAUCCCCGAGGUGGACGGCCAUGGUUUGCUGGAGUGUCUUCGUUGUUGUUAUUGGUACUUUCAUGAUGGUCGCUGGUACAUACGGCUCCAUCGUCAGCAUUAUCGCAAGCUACAAUGCGACCGGUGGUUCGGCUGCUUGGUCCUGCGCGGACAACUCAAAUUCUUCAUAG